AAAAAAGAGCCCAAAAACAACUAGGCCCAAUUUCCUAAAAUCAAACCAGAAGUAACUACCUACCUACUCGGCUACUCUCACUAACCUUCUUCUCCAUCUUCCAUAACUGAAAAUCAACCAAUAUUCUUCACUGUUCAUCACUAUCAGACUGCAACAAUGCCUCAAAAUCCUCCACAGAUCGCCAUUAUCGGCGCCGGAAUCUUCGUCAAAUCUCAAUACCUCCCAAGGCUCGCCGAAAUCUCAGAUCUCGUCACUCUCAAAGCCAUAUGGAGCCGAUCUGAGAAAUCGGCAAGGGAGGCUGGUGAGAUUGCACGGAAGGUGUUUGGUAAUGUGGAGUGUAAGUGGGGAGAUGAUGGAUUUGAUGAGAUUGUUUCGGAUCCGGAUAUUGUUGGAGUGAUUGUGGCUCUUGCUGGACAGAUUCAGGUGGAUAUGUCACUAAAGCUUCUAAAGGCAGGAAAGCAUGUUCUUCAAGAGAAACCAGCUGCAGCAUCCAUAAGUGAGGCAGAAACUGCAUUAUCAUCCUAUAAUUCUUUUUACAACAACAAUUCAUCUGCUCAAAAAAUAUGGGCCGUUGCAGAAAAUUACCGAUUUGAGCCUGCUUUUGUAGAGAGCAGAAAGUUGGUGUCGGAAAUUGGAGAUAUGAUGAGUGUGCAAGUACUCAUAGAAGGGUCGAUGAACAGUUCGAAUCCUUACUUCUCAAGUUCAUGGAGGCGUAAUUUUACUGGAGGAUUCAUUCUAGACAUGGGUGUACAUUACAUUGCAGGGUUAAGAAUGCUUGUUGGAUGUGAGGUUGCCUCAGUGUCCGCUACGACAUCUCACGUCGAUACAACCCUACCUCCACCAGAUACCAUUUCAUCUUUAUUUCAACUUGAGAACGGAUGUUCUGGAGUGUUUGUAAUGUUGGUAUCCUCAAAAUCACCAAAGAUUAUAUGGCGAGUUGUUGGUUUAAACGGGACAGUGCAAGUUGAACGAGGAAACAAAGACGGACAACAUGGUUAUGUGGUUACUCUCUUUACUGCGAAUAAGGAAACAAAGAGCACGUUCUAUCCGUUCAGUGGGGUGACUGAAGAGCUGAAAGCUUUUUUAAGUGACAUCUCAAGGGCCUCUCUUCAGAAGGGUGAUAAAAUAGAAGCCGAAGCUCGGUUGUCAUAUAUUGAAGGUGCACAAGAUGUUGCAGUUUUGGAUGCAAUGCUUGAAUCUGGAAUGAAACAAGGAGCCUUAGUCAAGGUUAAAAAGUUCUAAAUUUUUAAGAGUGGUAAACUCAUAUGUAUCACCAUUUUAAAAUAGAAUAUGAUAUAAUUUGAUUUAUUAUUGUUGUAUUUUAUUGAAAUAUAUUUUCCACACCAUUUUAAUAAAUAGGAAUUGACCAAUAGAGAUUUAAUAUUUUGAGAAA